AUGUAUUCGUGCGCGAAAAAAAAAACAACUGCAGCACCUGAGUUUCGCGUAUGGUCACCCACUACACUACUCGGUCAGGCUCUUACCAGCUUAACUACAGUUGAUCGGACGGGAAACGGUGCUUUCUGGUAG